AAACAUCUCUCGUGUUUCUUAGAUUCCAGCUCCUAUCUUUCUCUCUCUCCUUACCCCUUCCUUUUUCUCCGUACUGUUCUUUUUUGUCUUUAUUUUUUCUUACCGCCUCUUUUCCAUAUCAAAUAAACCAAAAAAAAAACCAUCCAAUCGCUUUCCCUUCUUUUUCAACACCAAAACAAAAUGGGCUUCACCUACACCAUCAACGUGCCAGCGACGUCCGCCAACAUCGGCCCAGGCUUUGACGUUAUGGGGCUUUCGCUCUCACUCUACCUAACCGUCACGGCCACCGUCACCGAGGCAUCGUCCAGCCCCGGCGCAACCAACAUUGCCAUCCAGUACGAAGGCGCCAACAGCUCCGGGCUCUCCCUCGACCCGCGCGCCAACCUAAUAACCCGCACAGCACUCUACGUACUCAAAUGCAACGGGUACAAUGAUUCCCCACAGCCCACCACUGUGCUGGUCAACAACCGCAUCCCCCUGGGUCGCGGGCUUGGAUCCUCGGGCGCCGCCGUCGUCGCCGGCGUCCUCCUGGCCAACGCCCUUGGAAACCUGGGCUUGACGCAGCAUCGGAUGUUGGAUUAUUGCUUGAUGAUCGAGCAUCAUCCGGAUAAUGUGGCUGCGGCGCUGGUUGGCGGCUUUGUGGCUAGCUACUUGAUCGAAGUUGAUCGGUCCAAGGGUGAUGUGCCGGAGAGUGAGGCGGAUGAAAGAAAGUUGAGGGAGAGAAAGGCUGUGGAGAAGGACGCGAGUAUUGCGUUGCCGCCGGAUAAUAUUGGUAGCUUUUUGCGCCUUGGGUGCUCGCCGAUGAUCAAGGCCAUUACUAUUAUUCCUCAGUUCGAGCUUGCUACGUCAAAGGCUCGGGCCGCCUUACCUGGAACAUACAAGACCCAGGACGUGGUGUUUAAUCUUCAGCGGCUGGCUGUGCUGACCACAGCUCUUGGCCGCGAAACGCCUGAUCCUUGGUUGAUCUACCGCGCGAUGGAGGACAAGGUGCACCAGCCAUACCGCAUGCAUCUGAUUCCGGGCCUGCCCGAGAUUCUCGCCACCUUCAAUCCCGACAACACCCCAGGGCUCCUUGGCAUCUGUCUCUCCGGCGCCGGCCCCACCAUUCUUGCCCUGGCCGUGGAUAACUUUGACGAAAUCGCCGCCAAAAUUUGCUCGGUCUUUGAUCGCCAGCCAAAUGGUGGCAUUGCCACAGAGUACAAGGUCCUGGAUAUUGUCACCGAGGGUUCCACCUGCGUCAAGACUGAGAACUAAACGAGAAAUAAAGCUUUUGGUUAUGUGUGCGUUUUUUUAAAUAAAUA